AUGCUAAGAGAACAGGCACUAGUCAAAAUUCUUGAAUAUGGCAAGAUGCCUAUGAGAGAGGCGCUAACACAGGUGUGUAUUUUUCUUGGAGUCGAGUUCUACUAUGAACAAGAAAAUGGGCUCUUCACACUUUCAACGGAGAGUUUUGUUUUGGAUAUUUCAAACAGUGAGUGCAAUUUAAUUUUUGUGGAAGACCUCCUGAACUCCAAAUUGGGAUACAUUCAGCUGUACAUAUCCCACUUCCUCAGCAGAAAACACAUAUUUUACUAUCUUUUAAAAUACUUGAUUAGCUGUACCAGAAAUACACACUCAAGCUUUGGCUAUAAUGCUGGCAUAGGCCCAGAAGCUUCCUUGGAAAAACACAAGUGCAUUUGUUCUUGUAUUUUCACAGACCAUUAUUGCCAAAGCUUCAACUUAAAUACAGUUUCAGAGGGCUUUAAUAUUUUUACGCAUUCAAAGAUAGACCUACCACUUGAGUACUAUUUCUAUGAGCCUGGUACAGUGUUACAAAAAGUCGAGCUAAGUAGCUUGUAUUAUAACUUAGCUAAAAUAAUUACGCCUGAAUAUUUUGACAAAAGAUACUACGACUUUCUGGUAAAUUCUGAAAAGACCUUUUAUGAGAAUGGGAGUGUUAGGGUUGUAGCUAAUUCUGUGUAUACAAAUGGAGAGCGAUCUCCUGUCGCCAGUCUGGCUUUUUUGCGUGGAUGCACUCUAAAGGAAAGCUUGAACUUUGCCAAAACUUUGGAAAAAUGA